AUGGUUCAGUGCACCGAUUGUAAGAAAUGGAGGCUCAUACCUUCGAUGCAACACUACAAUAUAAUCAAAGAAACACAACUUCAAACCCCAUUUGUCUGCGGCACAACAUCUGGUUGGACGCCAAACAUGUCAUGUAAUGUUCCUCAAGAUGGAACAACAUGUGAUACAUGGCCUAGCAUCCCUCCCAUACCCACCGGCUGGUCACGUUCUGUCCAUAUUAGAAGUGAAUCCACAAAAUUCGCAGACGUCUAUUAUUUUCCUCCAUCAGGAGAGAGGCUAAGAUCAUCGGCUGAGGUUCAAAGUUUCUUGGACAACCACCCAGAAUACGUGAGAGAAGGGGUAAAUCGUUCUCAAUUCUCAUUUCAGAUACCGAAACCUUUGGACGAUAACUACGUGAAGAAGCGUACUCGACCAGUGAAACGAAGAAAAUCUUCGAAGGAUAACAAUUGCGAAAAGGGCAAAAAAUGAAACUUUAGUUCAUUAUUUCAUAGACAAGUAUAGUCUAUGAGGACAAGAUUUAAUUAUGUAUUGAUGAUAUUUUUAACUUAUUUUGGGGUUAUAAAGUAUAACUAGAUAUUAACAUGCGGUAUACCGCGGGCCUAUAUUUUCAUUAAAUAAAAAAUAAUUGAAUCUUUUUUAGGAUGAUUUAAUAAAUUUAUGCUAUUGUUUGAUUUA